AUGUUGGUCAAUAUAUUCUACCUUCACAGUCCGGACCGGAAGGCCAACCUCAAGGAGACCUUGUCCGGGGUAAAUGACCUAUACACGAGGGGUAAAUUCAAGAAAUUUGGUCUAUCUAAUUUCCUGGCUCGGGAGGUAGAAGAAGUCAUACGCGUUGCACGAAAGAACGAUUUCGUCCUGCCUUCAGUGUACCAAGGCAGCUACAGUGCUGUCAGUCGGAUGGAAGAAACCCCACUAGCUGGAGGCUUCCUAGCCAAAACAAGGAUAUCGUCGCGGGCCAGGGGCCGCUGGGACCCAAACUCGGCCUACGGCCAGCUCAACCUAGCUAUCUUCGACAAGUCUGCUGUGCUUCGCGGUCUGCAUGCCUGGGCUGCCAUAUCCAAAAAAUCGGGGAUCUCCAAGGCUGAUCUCGCGUUCCGACGGAUUGUCUACCAUUCAGGAUUAGAUGGCCAGCGCGCCCUGUACAAUUUCCCGGCCAACAUCGAUGCCGAGGACCAAACAAUUGGAAUCUUCAGAGGUGAGGGCAACGACGAGAAUGGCAAAUCGCUCAGCAACUAUGAUCCUUCAGACCUCGCCGCCUACUGCCAACAUCAAAAGCCCGGCUACAGGACCACACCUACAGUGGUGCCGGUGGCAUUGACCGUGGGCUCCAAGCAUUAUUCCAAUGAUCCAAGCAAUCCCACGCUGGAACUCUCACAAGAUAUCAUGACCGUGGCCACUAUCGCACAAGGUCGUACCAUCAAUGUCUACUUUAGCGAUCUCACUGAGCAACGAUGGUUGACCUUCCAACUGAGUCCUAUUUCCUGCCAAGGGAUCUCUGGGGACUGGGGCGCCAACAGCAAUGUCACUGAUGGCCGUGCUCAUGUUGGCUGGCCCGGUAGUGACCCUUGGAUAACCUGUGUCGGAGGUACGGUCGUGGGGAAUGUGAUGUCGACAGAGUCCGGGGCGACGACGUUCGAUGAAUACGCCUGGAGCGAUCGGAACAACAAAUCGAGCCAAUUUACGAUUGACGGGACCUUGGGCGUCACUGGUGGAGGCAUGAGUGUGGUAUUUCCUACCCCAACCUAUCAGAUUGCUGCUGGAAUCACGGGCUUUGUGGAUUCGAAGUCGAAAGUUUGGAGAGGAGGCAGAUUUAUCCCGGACAUUGCUGGGAUGGUCGGGCUCCGAGGGUUUAUCAUCGGUAAACAAUUUGGUCUCUUGAAUCCAACUUUAUACCAGCUUGGCGACGCUGUCUGCAGAGCCAUCACUUUCGGACAUAAUGACUCGGGGGAUACUGCAGACUGUGCGUAUUUCUCCGCUGGUGUGGGCUAUGACCCAGUGACAGGAUUGGGAAGCAUCGAUGGAGCCAAGAUGUUAAAUGCAUUCAAAGAUCUGUAUUCCUGGCAAAAACGCGGUACCAGAGCUGAUGAGCGUGUACUUCCCAAUUAG